CACUCUUGCUCGAGACCAGCACAGCACCAUGGCAUCCGAGACUACCCCCAAGGCCGUCCUCUACUGGUUCCCUGGCUCCGUCUGGGCCUCUGUGCCGCGCCUUGUCGCCACCGAGAAGGGCUUCACCGACAAUGAGCUCGAGCGCAGGAUCGUCGACCUCGGCAAGGGCGAGAACUUCAGCCCCGCGUACCUCAAGAUCCACCCGCAGGGCCACGUGCCCGCGCUCGUCGUCCCGUAUGAGCACACGCUCGACGACGGCGUCCGCACCAAGUUCAAGGCCAUCACGACGACCGCCAACGUGUGCGACUUCCUCGACCGCUCGACCAACUCGUCGUCGUUUGCCGCACCCUCGCUCUCGCCCGCCACCAUCGAGAGCUCGUCGACGUCCAAGGACCUCAUCGAGCACAUCCACCAGGACUCGAUCGACCCCAACACGCUCCUGCUCGUGUGGAGGACCGAGGCGGAGCGCAAGGUCAAGGCGAGCGGCCUCCCCGGCGCAUUCCUCAAGGGCCGCCAGGAGGCGCUCGAGCGGUACGCCAAGGAGGUCGGCAACUCGGACCCCAAGCUCAAGGCCUUUUACGACAAGAAGAUCCAGGAAAAUGGCGGCCUCCUCGCGCUCCUCGAGGGCAAGGGCGACGCGAGCGGGAUCGAGGCCAAGGCCAAGGACCUGUGGACCAACGUCGGCAAGACGGUCGAGCUCCUCGAGACCAAGCUGCAGCCCGGCGCGGCGUACCUCCUCGGCGACCAGAUCUCGCUCGCAGACCUCCACUGCGGCGCUUGGCUCGCUCGCGUCCUUGCGUGCGCCGGCGCAACGUCGAUCGCGGAUGUCGAGGCCAACCUCAAGACGUUCGAGAAGAACCUCGACGGCGUCAAGGUCGGCCCCAAGUUUGCCGCAUGGGCGCAGGCUCUUUUCGAGCGCGAGUCGUUCAAGGAGGCCUACGGCGAGGACGGCCUGCACUGA